UUUUUUCUUUUUCUGCUCUGGGUGUGCCUCUGCUCCACGAGAGCCACGUGACCAAGAAGAAGGCAAACAGACCUCAGUUCGUGGAUUUCUUCCGCAAACAUUGGACGAGACGGGGCUGUUCAAAGCACACUGGUUUGUCCAACCCAGCCCCACCCUGGUGGUCUGCAUCCCCCAACAGCUCCAGAGAUCAAUCUGAGGGCUCAUAAGACGGGUAACAAGGAAACAAGGAAACAAGUUGUUGCUGUGUUCUAAGAGGAGGCAGGCCGCAGUCUAACACUGAAGCAGAACCUUGGGGAGACAUCAGCAAAGAUGGCAAGCAAGCUGCAGCAGUUCGUAGCGGAGAGGAAGGACAUGGUGGAGACUGUGAUGGAAGUGUUUGAAAGUGGAGCUGAAGUGUUGGCCAGCAUUGUCGGCGACCUUUUCCCCAUCUUCUCCAUCGCCGCCCCAAUCAUUAAACUGGCUCUGAACAAUGUGGAAAGCAAAGAGGCGGUGUUCAUGAAGGAGCAGUUUCAGAAGGUGCGAGAUGGUCUGGAGGGGGUCUCCGAGGAGAUGCAGCGCAUCAACGAGGAGAUCAAGAAGAGCGGAUUGGAUGCUGUGUAUUUCCCAGUGGAGGAGAACAUCACUAACCUGUUCAGGAAGUACAUGGACAUCCUCAACGCCAAACCCGAGUCCCGGGAGGUCAAGAAGAAGAUUUUCCUGGAUCAUUUUGGCAAGACCGGCGGUGACAAAAACCUGAUCACCCUCUACAACUCUGUGACGGGAGAUAACUUCUCCGGGCAAUCCGUGCUCGACAUCAUGCUGAACUACAAGGAGAAGAGUCGCCGGCCGGUGGAGGACUUCUGCGCCAGGCUGAAGAAGCUCUUCUGCAUCGGGCUCAUCGCUCUUUUGGGCCACGCCGCUCUGAAGGGGAACGACGAGGAGGACGCGCUUCUGAAAGACUGGGGCGAGAAGAUGAAGACCGUCCAGCUCAAAAUGAACGUCGUCAUUGAAGACUGCAUCGUCACCUUCCCCGAACAGGCCGAGAUAGACUCCGAUCGCCUGGUGAAUGCGAUAUACAAGCCAAACUUAUCCAACAAGGUGCUAGCUGAUGCUAUCAUAGAGAAACUGAAGAAGAAGUAUGACUGGGUGGGCUGGUCCGUGCGUAUCUUCCGGCCCCCUUCAGGCAUCUGUACCAACAAGAAGGAUUACCACUGCCUGACUGAGAAGAGUCACUUCCAGGUGGAUUCAUCCGAUAAGGAAUUAAACAUCUGGGUGUCCUACAGCUCCUCGCCCAAGCCUGUGGACGGCAAUCACAUCCAGCAGCUGAUCCAGAGUCAGAAGAAGCCCACGGUGAUGGGUGUAGCCGAGUUCCUGCAUGAGAAGUUGCCCGGCUCCUGCGUGGUCCACACGGUCACAACAACCAGCAAAGACCUGGCCUGCUCCUGGAGCUUCAAGGAUGAGCUUCACUACUGGGAGGAGCACAAUAACGUCUACGUCUGCGCUCACUGCGCCUGAAGUGUUUAACGCGGAAAGUCAACCAUUCAGUUUGUAGGUUACUUCUUAUUUACACGGAUAUGCAGAGUCUAUCGCUGCCUUACCUUCAUAUACUACACAGUGUGUGCCUUGAUUCAGUAUUUAGAGAUGUUAACUGUUAGUUUAUUGUAGUCUGGGUGCAUCAAAUCAGGUCAAUUUUAUAUAUACAGUCCAAUAUCACACAUUUUUCUUAAGUGGUUUUACAAUCAGUGCAACAUGUGACGCCCUCGAUCCUUAGACCCUUGAUUUAGAUCAGGAGAAAACAGCUUUGAUUGGGGGGGAAAGGAGGAAACCUGAAGGAGGGAUCCCUCUCCCAGGACGGACAUGCAGUAGAUGUCACAUAAACAGACUCAUGACCUUUUGACCCCACACAGCUGUGCUUAACGGGCAGAAGAGCUCAGCCCCUUUCUUCAGGCUAUAUUAUAUGUCUCUUUUUGUUAUGAAAUUGCUCAAUCGUGUAACGUAAUAAUCUGCAAGUUCACAGUUGCUGAUGAAUUCUGGUAUAUGAUCCACGAGUGUGUUUUCGCUGUAAGUUUCAGGAGGACGUGGUUGUUUUGUUUUGGGUUGUUGACUUCCAGAGAAAUAAUGUGUAACAUGCCGAGGGUUAGAGACCGCGUACAGAUGCCUAGCGGAGCUGCGCUUGAGCCACGGCUUUAUGUGGUGCUGCAACACAAACGGGGAAGUGGUACCUGCUCAAAGGUGGAAGAGUUCCUUUGUUGAAUUUUGGAAAAAAGGUCAAUCAUGGGUUGUGAUUUUAUUUUGAUCAGAAUGUGUCCAACAUCAACACUACUUGUUGACAAGGUCAGACACCACUGAGUUCUUUGUAUAUUGUUUACAUGUUAUCACCUAUACGUUUAAUAAUGUCUUUCUACUUUUGACUAUUUGACCCAAACACGCCACGUAUUUACUGUCGUUAUCAAUACUAAAUUAUUGAUAAAAUGUUCAUCUUGCUCUGUUUUUGAUUAUUUCUAUUUUCAUACAGUACAUUUUGGAUUAUCAGUGUCUCAGAUUCAAAAUCAAUGAAUGUCAUACAUCUUCCAAAUAAACAAAGUCAUAAACAAA